GACCCCAGCUGAGUGUGGUUUGCCAUUAUUGAGUCUUGACUCUUUGAGUGUGUGGAAUCCUGGUGGCCAAUUAGAAACCAGUUAAGUGUUGUGGGACAGAACUUUUGUUAGAGGCCUACCUUUGAUGGCACCCAUGGGUUGGUGGGGAGCAACAAUUAUCCCCCUUAGACCUGGUUGGUCACACUCACCGAAGGGACUGACCCCUAGGAGGCUGUUUGGAGUAUGUAUCCUCCACCCCCAAGGUGUGAGUUAGUUCACUGGACAGGUGUCCUAAAUGUCACCUGUGUGUGUGUGUGUGUGUGUGUGUCUUUACUUGCUUGCUUCUCCACUAGAGCUACUGGGAAAGACAGAUUUCUCACUGGGGAUGGCUGGCAGAGCUUAAAUCGAGCUGUUGGAGACCACCCAUACCUCCAUUUGGGGGCAGUGUGCCUAAUGCCAGCGUCUGAAACGCCUGGAACCAACUGUGGCAGAAGCUAGUUUAGUUCCGGGCUCCCUGGCUUUAUGUGUCCUUUCCCCUUGGCCUUCAGUUUAUUUAAGAUCCUGGCUCUCAGAGCCGUUACUGUCCCAGUUGACAUGGCGGGAGGUGCUUCGGGGAGUUCACCCUUAAUGCCAUAGAGAAGUUGAAGCAGAAAUAGUAGAAAGGCGAGCACAACCAGUGUCAAAUGAAGAUGGAGCCGGCUCUAGGCAGUAUCCGUUCCCUUGGGAUGAGCAUGCCCAUGGAACAGGAGCAGUUUAGCGCUCAGGGAGGUCUGUGAGGCUUCUCGGUAGGUCGCUCGCGGCCCCGGGUGAAGCAGGCCCGCGCCGGCCGGCGCCAUGGAAAGGAGCGGGAACCACAGUUGCCCCCCGCCGGCAUGCGCGCCUAUUGAGCCCCGCCGCAGGCAGCCCCCGGCCGCAGGUCCCCGAGUGACACUGGCGGCACCUGGGAGCGUGGCGCGGCCCCGGGGCCACGCCGAGGAGCCCAGCGUCCAGUAAAGCUGCCGAGGACCUGCCGCUUGUGCCGCAGCCAUGGUGAUGUCCCAGGGCACCUACACGUUCCUCACGUGCUUCGCCGGCUUCUGGCUCAUCUGGGGUCUCAUCGUCCUGCUCUGCUGCUUCUGCAGCUUCCUGCGCCGCCGCCUCAAACGGCGCCAGGAGGAGCGACUGAGGGAGCAGAACCUGCGUGCCCUGGAGCUGGAGCCCCUCGAGCUUGAGGGCAGCCUGGCUGGAAGUCCUCCCGGCCUGGCGCCGCCGCCGCCACCGCACCGCAGCCGUCUGGAGGCGCCUGUGCACGCGCACUCGCACGUGCACGUGCACCCGCUGCUGCACCACGGGCCGGCGCCGCCGCACGCGCACCCGCACCCACACCAUCACGCACUGCCGCACCCACCGCCGCCGCACCUCGCCGUGCCGCCCCGGCCCUGGAGCUAUCCGCGCCAAGCGGAAUCGGACAUGUCUAAGCCGCCGUGCUACGAGGAGGCGGUGCUGAUGGCCGAGCCGCCACCGCCCUACAGCGAGGUGCUCACGGACACUCGCGGCCUCUACCGCAAGAUCGUCACGCCCUUUCUGAGCCGCCGCGACAGCGCGGAGAAGCAGGAGCAGCCGCCUCCGAGUUACAAGCCUCUCUUCCUGGACCGGGGCUAUACCUCGGCGCUGCAUCUUCCCAGCGCCCCGCGUCCCGCCGCCCCCUGCCCUGCCCUCUGUCUGCAGGCGGACCGCAGCCGCCGGGUCUUCCCCAGCUGGACCGACUCAGAGCUCAGCAGCCGAGAGCCCCUGGAGCACGGAGCUUGGCGCCUGCCCGUCUCCAUCCCCUUGUUCGGGAGGACUACAGCCGUAUAGAGGGGCGCCCGGCGUCCCGAGCCCCACGGGCGAACUCCUAGCCUGACUGCGAGGCUUUUUAAAUGCUUCCCUUGGACUGCAGGGAGGGGUGGGGGGAGGGAGGGAUUUCUUACCCUGUUUGUUACAUUUUGAGGAUAAUAAAGGUGUGUGAUCUGCUUUGGUACAA